AGUCUCCCUUGCUCUUCAGCUUCAGUUCAUCUCUACAGUCUAGAGUUCCUUCCCUACCAUAUAUAUAGGCCAUACUUGUCCUCUAUUUUCUCAUCAACCUAAUCAGAGAGAGAGAGAGAGAGAGAGAGAUGAAACUUGCUCUUGCAGCUUUCCUUAUGGUGUCUCUUGUUCUGAGCUCUUUUCUCCUCCAGACCGCAAUGGCUGGUUCUAGUUCGUGUGACUCAAAGUGCGGGGUUCGGUGCGCGAAAGCGGGUGUAAAGAACAGGUGCUUGAAAUACUGUGGGAUUUGCUGCCAGGAAUGCAACUGCGUGCCUUCUGGGACUUAUGGGAACAAGCACGAGUGCCCUUGCUACAGGGACAAAAAGAACUCCAAGGGCCAGCCCAAGUGCCCCUAAAUAACACACCUUCAUUUCUCAUCAAGAGAUUAUUAUGUAUAAGGCUACUACUAUAAACAUAUAUAGGUGUUAUCUUUUAGGGUCGGGUAAUAAGUGGGGUUUCUUUGGCCCCAUUGGUUUAUGUAUGAUGUUUGUGUUUGUGACUAUGUUCCUAUCUCUAUAAUCAAGGUCCCCUGAUGCUUCUUUUAUC